CCCGCCCCCCCGCGCCUGCGCGCGCCGGGCGGCGGCCGCCAUCUUGCACCGAGGAGCUGUGCGGGCGGGCGCAGCACUGCAGAAUGGAGAACUACAAGAAGACCAAAAUUGUGGAGAAGCCUUGUCCCCUUCCUUUCACCAACCUGCCCCCUGAUAUUAUCGAAAUGAAGGUGAAGGAUGGGAGCAAAAUCAGAAACCUGAUGGGCUAUGCCAUCAGCAAGAUGGAGCUGGACUCGGUGAGGCAGAUCCUUUUCACUGGCUCGGGCAAGGCUGUCAGCAAGACCAUUACCUGUGUGGAGAUCAUGAAGCGAAGGCUGAAAGAGCUGCACCAGAUCACCAAAGUGCUCUUCAAGCAGAUUGAAGAGAUCUGGGAACCCAUUGUGCCUGAGGCCGGCCUCGAUGCCUUGACAGUGAAGAGAAACAUUCCUGCCAUAUGUGUCCUGCUCAGCAAAGACGCCCUGGACCCUCAGGAGCCGGGGUACCAGGCUCCCGGCUCUUUCGAUGCCUUCUGGAUCGAGACACUGAAAGCAGAGUCGCAGGGCCAGGUGAAGAGGAAGCAGGGUGGCGGCAGGGGGGGCGGCAGCAUGGGAAAGCACCCUCGGCCUGCGGGAGGAGCGCCUGCAGAGCCCUGCGUCAAGUCCUGAGGCACCAGCACCACGGCCGGGCGUCGCCUGGGGGAGUCACAGGCACCAGCCAGCUGCUGGAGCUGCGAGGCUGCUGCUGGACACGGGGGGCUUGCAGAGUUGUUAGGGGAGGGCAGGAGGAAUUAACUUUCAGCAUAGAUGUGAUUUGUAGCUGUCUGAAACUGUGUUUUGACAAGUGUCCUUGUCAAAGGCUGCCAGGCUGAACUCCUCUGCAUGUGGGGCAGGGGAGGCAGGAGCCGGCUUCGCUUGUGCGAGGGCUGUGGGCACCUCAGGGAGUGUGGGGCUGCAGCUCCCUGGCACUGCACACCAGGCACCUGCUGGUGUGGCUGGCAGAGGUGGCCAUUGCUGUGCUACAGAGGGGAGCUGGGACCUGACAUGGGUUCCCCUGGCCACUGACUGCUGGAGCUGCCGUGAGCAGCCAGCGGGGCGCAGGGCUGGGUCAGCCUCUUCUGUGUCGCAAAGUGUCUGCUGCUGAGCCACGUCGGGUGGUUUGAAUGGAGGGCUGCAGAGAUACGACUCUGCCUGUGGUUGUGUGCACCUAGUGCCCUCUCGGUCAGUCCUUCACCUCAGUGGAGCUGAUGGUUGCACGUCUCUCUGCCAAAAUGAGUCAACUCACAUUGUCACCAGCCUGAAAUCCCAUAGCUGUGCAAGCACCUUGGCGUGCUGAUGGUAAUGGAAAGCUCCAGAGGACCCUGUUGUGUCCCCUUUCCGCUCCCUUGUAAUGCACAGAGCUGGGUUUAAAAUAAAGGUUCCUCUUCAAGUAA